UUGAGCGGUGCGAAUCGCUGGUCCCGGAGUCCCGCGACCUGAGCUCCGCUCCAACGUAGGCAUGAUGUGUAGGAUGGGUUGUCGGUGGCAGCGGGUGCUACCUACCCUACAGCUGCGGACUAGGGGCCUGCCUCUUCUGCCAUCCCUCUGGAACGGCGCCAAACCCCCAGCUCUCCCAAUGUGGGCGGUGGCGUCAGUUUCUGCAGUUUCCCCUGACAGUGCGGGCGGCUGGUACGAGGCCCUAGCCGCGUCCGCGCCGGUGCGGGCCGCUGAGGAAGUGCUGCUCUGCGCGCACGCCGCCACAGGCCUUCCCUGGUGGGGCAGCAUCUUGCUCACCACUGUGGCCCUGCGCGGCGCGGUCACGCUGCCCCUGGCCGCUUACCAGCACUACAUCCUGGCCAAGGUGGAAAAUUUGCAACCAGAAAUAAAAAACAUUGCCAAGCAUCUUAAUCAUGAAGUUGCAGUUUAUGCAAAUCAGUUGGGAUGGUCCAAGAGAGUUACCAGGCUCACUUAUCUAAAGAAUAUGAGGAGGCUUGUUUCAGAGCUGUAUGUUCGGGACAACUGCCACCCUUUCAAAGCCACUGUGUUGGUCUGGAUUCAGCUUCCAAUGUGGAUCUUCAUAUCUGUUGCCCUUCGGAAUUUUAGCACAGGGGGAGCACAUUCAGAAGCAGGUUUUUCUGUUCAGGAACAAUUAGCUACUGGUGGGAUCCUCUGGUUUCCUGAUCUCACUGUGCUGGAUUCUACUUGGAUUCUUCCUGUCUCCCUUGGUGUCACCAAUUUAUUAAUAGUGGAGAUUUUUGCUCUACAGAAAAUUGGAAUGUCUCAUUUUCAGACGUAUAUUACAUACUUUGUCCGUGCUGUAUCAGUAUUGAUGAUUCCAGUUGCUGCAACAGUACCUUCUUCAGUUGUUCUCUACUGGCUGUGCUCCAGCUUCAUGGGCCUUUCACAGAACUUGCUGCUGCAUUCUCCUAGAUUUCGCCAAUUUUGCCGAAUACCGUUGACCAAGUCCAAUUCAGAUACUCCUUAUAAAGACCUCUUUACUGCCUUCUAUGCCAAGUUCAUUUCAAGAAAAUGACAUAUUUUCCAAUAAUUUUGAAAUGAUUGUAUCAUUAUGACUUUAAUGUAUUAAGUUUAGAUGUUUAGGUAUUAUUUAAUUUGCCUUUAUAUAAAAAUCAUGAACUCUCUGAAAAUGUAUGGGUUAAGCUAUAAUCCAGAUAUAUUUGACAAUAAUUAAAAUCUUUGAAGUACUAGAAA